ACCCUGGACCCCCUGUGCCUGGGCGACCGCCAUGGCCACAAGGACUGGAUCUUCGCCGUCGCCUGGCUGAGUGACACCGUAGCCGUGAGCGGCUCCCGCGACGGCACUGUGGCGCUGUGGCGGAUGGACCCGGACAUGUUCAAUGGCAGCAUUGCCUGGCACAGCGAGGUGGGUCUCCCCGUAUAUGCCCACAUCCGUCCGAAGGAUGUGGAGGCCAUACCCAGGGCCAGCACCAACCCCAGCAACCGCAAGGUGCGGGCCCUGGCCUUCAGCGGCAAGAACCAGGAGCUGGGAGCGGUGUCCUUAGACGGCUACUUCCACCUGUGGAAAGCCCGGAGCACACUAUCCAGGCUCCUGUCCAUCAGGCUGCCCUACUGCCGAGAGAAUGUGUGCCUGACCUACUGCGAUGAGUUGUCCCUCUACGCUGUGGGCUCCCAGUCCCACGUCUCCUUCCUGGAUCCUCGCCAGCGCCAGCAGAACAUCCGGCCCCUGUGCUCUCGAGAAGGUGGCACAGGCGUGCGGUCUCUGAGCUUCUACCAGCACAUCAUCACUGUGGGCACCGGCCAUGGCUCCCUGCUCUUCUAUGACAUCCGGGCCCAGAAGUUCCUGGAGGAGAGGGCCUCUGCCAGUCUGGACUCUACGCCAGGGCCCGCAGGGAGGAAGCUCAAGCUUGCCUGUGGCAGAGGCUGGCUCAACCAGGAUGACGUCUGGGUGAACUACUUUGGUGGCAUGGAAGAGUUCCCCAAUGCGCUCUACACCCACUGCUACAACUGGCCCGAGAUGAAGCUCUUUGUGGCUGGGGGGCCUCUCCCUUCAGGCCUCCAUGGGAACUACGCAGGCCUCUGGAGUUAAGGAUGGACGCCUUGUUCUCAAAGUGCACAGGUUUACCUUUCAGUUCCACCUAACUUUCCUUCUUCAGGCUUCAUUUGUGCUUUUAACUUUGUGUGGCUUUUGUCUUCCAGGUGGAACCAGUCCAACUGACGUGUGCUUCGUGUAUUAGGCAGAGAAAGAGAAAGCCGGAGCAAGCCAGUGGGAGUGAGAGAGCACAAGUGGUCUUUUCGACAGUCAAAACUUUGGCUUUAAAUCUCUCAUUCACGUUUCCCAACAGUAGUAUAUUUUUGCCUUCUCAUUCAAGGAGUUUUGGCUAAACCUUAAUUGCAUUCUGUCUUUCAGUGAUUCACAUACCCUCCUUCUUUAGGUUGAUGCAGUCUUCACUACUAUUCAGUACAUUAGUUUUAUCAAUAUUGCAAUAGUGUUCAGAUCUUUUACACAUGUUACAUGUGUGGUGUUUUGGGGAAAUGUGUGCUACAAAGCAUCUUUGGGGUUGUUUUGAGGAACUACCCAUCAUUUAUAGCCUUACUCUAAUUAGAAAAUGCAGUUCAGGUUCUAGAUUGCCACCAUUCUACAGUGUCGUACACACUAUUCUGCGGUGUGAUUCAUUUGGAUGUUGGAAACUGAAUGUCUAUUGUUUGUAUAUUGUUGAUGUGUAAAAUGCUUUAAAAAUAUGUUCUCUUAGUUAGAAAUCUUACAAUGUUGUUCAUACUAUUAAUCAACAAUUUUGGUUAUUCAGUAAAACCUUACUAUCCUCAGGCCUUCCAUGUUCUUAUUUAAAGCCGCUGCAUUAUGGCCUGCUUUUCUAUGCUACAGAUUUUCAGAACUAAUCAAUUCUGGUCUAUGUAUGUGGUAGGGCAAUCAAGGAGGUAUUUUUGGGGGUAUAUGGGGUAAACAUCUCUUUAAAUUCAGGUAGUUAUUUACAGUGAAAAGCCAGUUGUGGCAGUUGUGCUCAGAGUAGGUGUUGCUGAUUUUUUAUUACUGUAUACAUGGAUAAUUCUGUAUUCAGUAUGUGAUGUGUUGCAGAAAAAUAAAUAAAAUGUGUUCAUCAUCUUAGCAA